UGUACAUGACUCUGCGGCUUUGACGAAAACAAAUUUCAUCUUCACUCGGAAAUAAUUUCCCUGUUUGAUUUAAUCGAGACGUAAAGUUAAAACAAAAACAUGCCUGCCGAAAACCUCGAGGAACAGGGUCUGGAGAAGAACCCCAACCUGGAGCUGGCUCAGACAAAGUUCCUUCUGACGCUUGCGGAGCACAAACAAGAUGCAGCACUAAAGACCAAGCUGCUGGAUGCAAUACGCGCAGAUAAUAUGGCUCCAUGGUACGAGCACAUCUGCACUGAGCUAAACUGGAAUGUGGACAAGGAUUUGCUGGCACGUAUGCGCGAACAGAAUCGCAUUGCAAUUGAACAGUUGGACGCUGCCAUUGAGGAUGCCGAUAAAAAUCUCGGCGAGAUGGAGGUGCGCGAGGCAAACCUUAAGAAAUCGGAGUACUUGUGCCGUAUUGGCGACAAGGCAGCUGCCGAGACGGCCUUUCGCAAGACGUAUGAAAAGACCGUGUCGUUAGGCCACCGCCUGGACAUUGUCUUCCAUUUAAUUCGUCUGGGCCUGUUCUAUUUGGAUCAUGAUUUGAUUACACGCAACAUCGACAAGGCCAAGUAUCUGAUCGAGGAGGGCGGCGACUGGGAUCGUCGCAACCGUCUCAAGGUAUACCAAGGCAUCUAUUCGGUUGCCAUUCGCGACUUCAAGGCGGCAGCCACCUUCUUCCUGGACACCGUCAGUACCUUUACAUCCUACGAGCUCAUGGACUAUCCAACCUUCGUCCGCUACACCGUGUACGUGGCCAUGAUUGCCCUGCCCCGCAAUGAGCUCCGCGAAAAAGUGGUCAAGGGGUCCGAGAUUCAAGAAGUGCUGCAUGGCCUGCCCGAUGUCAAGCAGUUCCUGUUCUCGCUCUUCAACUGUCAGUACGAGCAGUUCUACGUGUAUCUGGCGCAAGUGGAGAAGCAGCUGCGUGCAGAUUAUCUGGUGCAUCCGCAUUAUCGCUAUUAUGUGCGCGAGAUGCGCAUUCUGGGCUAUACGCAACUGCUGGAGUCGUAUCGCUCGCUCACGCUCCAGUAUAUGGCCGACUCGUUUGGCGUUACCGUUGACUACAUCGAUCAGGAGUUGGCACGUUUUAUUGCCGCUGGACGCUUGCAUGCCAAGGUGGAUCGCGUGGGCGGGAUUGUGGAGACGAAUCGGCCGGACAACAAGAACUGGCAGUAUCAGGCGACCAUUAAGCAGGGCGAUCUGCUGCUCAAUCGCAUACAGAAGCUCAGCCGUGUUAUAAAUAUUUAAGUUCUUCAUUCUGCUGUAGCAUAGAUAUACUCAUACACACCCAAGAACAUAUAAAUUUUAUUAAAAAAUUCAAGUUAUAACAA